AUGAUGAAAAUUUGGAUAGCUUUGUUGCUUCCAAGCCUAAUAUUUGCCUACUGCAACAAUACGGAACACUGCUUAGAUGCCAUCCGUCGGAUAGUCACAGAACAGCGGCAGUUUUGGUUUGGUGAACAGUGGAAACUGAUGUGUACCGGUUCGGCACGACACCACCGACGUCCGGUUGACUGCUAUAAUCCACAUGAACUUCGACAUUUUUUUGGUAUCGGUAAUCGACUGUUUCGUGUCAACACUUACCAAGCUGGAUAUUUGCAAAAUUUACGCAUUUUUCCCAGGAUUUUAUUCAAACCUAAAUCUGGUAGCUAUCGAGCCUGUGAUCAUACAUUUAUUGUCAACGAAACAGAUGGUAUCGUUAUUGAAGUCGGUUACGAUAGACCGGCAAUUGAACCGUAUCGGGCCCGGCAUUUACCAGAAAUAUUUUGGCCCGGUUAUGACAACGGCGAAAACAGUUAUAUUGUUCUGUUGGUGGAUAUUGGUUUUGGUACACUAAAAUAUGCAGCUUCUGAUUAUCCGCUUAAAACAAAGGAACUUCGAUCAUAUUCUACAGCAGAAAAUUUUCGUCCAGUUGUAAAUCCAGUAGCUGCCUUAAUUUUUGAACAGCCUAAACAUUUAUCGGCAAAUGAUAUAAAAUUACAGUCAGAAGCUCAACUAUUCAACCUUCCACAAUUUAUGCUCGAAAAUGGCUUAGAAAACGGUUUAAUUGGAAUCAAUUUGAUACUGAUAUCCUAUGAUGCUUAUGCAAUCGAAAAACAACGUCUUAAGGCUGUUGCCGAUAAUUGUCAUUUUUUAAUUGAACAACAAUUACAACAUAAUGUACCGUGGGAGUUUAUUCGUUCAUUUCCAUUAAAUGAAAUGGAUUCAUGGUUGUCGAUGGAGUUUCAACAACCAGCAACAUCUGGAUUCGGUUUAUAUUUCAUUGCUGAAAUAACACAAAUGUCGGUACAUUUGGAUCCGUUGUCCAACAAGCAAACACCAUCGUUGGUAGUCCGAAAGCCGCCUACUGUAUCAUCGUUACGAAUAUCUGAAAAUGAGAUAACCUACCAGCGAAAUACCAGAGAUUUUAUUGGAAUCGCAACCUUAGAAAGUAAACAUACAUUAAUACUGUUUGAUCCGAACAAAUCGUUUCUUCAUUGGAUGGUUAUUGACAUCCCCUCAUCGGCAUUGGCGAUAGGACAGAUUCAAACUGGUGUUACAGUAUCACCUUAUUUGCAACCAAUUCCUAAAGUCCCAAAAACGUGCUCAACAUAUGUAUUUAUGCUUUUUUUACAACCGCGAUCUACCAGUGUAUCACCAAUUUCCAGAUAUUAUAACGAAAAUCAUACGCUACGAUCAAUAUACUGUCAAAAAAAUUGUACUAAAAGCAUAUUUUGCAGGUUAAGAUUUGAUGUACGUGAAUUUAAAUCAUUACAUCAAUUACGAUUAUCUGCAAUAAAUUGGAUGAAUGUUUGUUAUGAUCUUCAUGAAGCUCAACGACAAAUUGCUAGAUUAACUGCAAAUUUAACGCUGUCUACAAAAGCUUUCGAGAACUUAAAGUCAAAAGGUCAUAAUUCAGAAACACUGAAAAGUGCUCCUUACAGUAAGCGGUAA